AUUUGCUACAUUAAAACAGAGAGGUGUAUGAGUGUGAGUGCGGCGCGUACUGUGAACUGUUUUGUAUGCUGCGCUAAUAAUAGCGUGCAUAAUUCGGUAAGAACCUCGAGACUGAGGCUGUGCUGAAUGAAAAGACGAUUGUAUUUAUAUAAAAAAGGCAAACCUAUUUAUACCCAGAGAGGAAAAGAAGGUAACAAAACACCUCUACGACAAGCCGUGUAACCAGUCAUACAGACAGCCUAAUGAAUUGGCCCAGCGUACAGAGGAUCUGUGAAUUUGAUUAAAAAUGGGAUUAAUAAAGCUUCAGAACCCUAAUCAUCCCUCAGCGCUCCUUCAUAAAGCCAACCAGAUGCGACUGUUGGGGACUCUGUGUGAUGUGGUUAUCCUGGUGGACAGCCAGGAGUUCCACGCCCAUCGCACCAUCUUGGCCUGUACCAGUAAGAUGUUUGAAAUCUUGUUUCUGCGCAACAGUCAGCAUUACACCUUGGACUUCCUUUCACCAAAGACGUUCCAACAGAUCCUGGAAUAUGCUUACACUGCCACACUCCAAGCCAAAGUAGAGGAUUUGGAUGAUCUGUUGUAUGCAGCAGAAAUAUUGGAGAUUGAGUACUUGGAGGAGCAGUGUCUGAAGAUACUGGAAACUAUUCAGGCAACGGAUGAUAAUGAUACAGAGAUGACAGCUGCUGAAGAGGAGGAUGGGGGAAAAGCCAGAUUUAACAAGAAUGUAUUGGUUACUAAGCAAAUUUCUGGUGAAGAGGCUGCUUACAUGACUAACCAGGCCAUGCCAACUGGGACAAUGGAAGAGCAGAGCCCCUCCGUGUCCACUUCGUUUGGACUUUCAGCAAUGAGCCCCACCAAAGCUGCCGUAGAUAGUCUUAUGAGUAUUGGGCAGUCUAUUAUUCAGGGAUCUCUGCAGCAAGCUUCUACAGAUGAAGCCUUCUCUGCUGGCAGCAGGCAUUCCAUGGUAAUCGAAGUCAAGCACGAAAUGAUGCAGGUAGAGGAGGAUGCUAGUCCCAAAAUGGGAGAAAUGGGUUCUUCAGGGGGCGAGAAGGUAGCUGAUUCAGACAGGUACAAGGAAGCCCCCGGUACGCCAACGCGAAGCAGCGUCAUCACCAGUGCCCGUGAACUGCAUUACGUUCGUGAAGAGAAUUCUGGAGAGCAGCCUCCUGAAUCUGGACUUGGGCCACAGGUGGGGAUAGAGAACAGUUCCAGUGCGCAGGGUGAGAGGCACACUGCGUUGUACCCCCUUCAAUUCAACCGCAGGACUGAUGGCCUACUGGAGGUGCCAACUUCCCUAUCGUCUGCACUGCACGUGCAGCCCACACUCUCUGUGGCGAUGGACUUCAGCGGGUACGGAGGGCUCCUGCCUCAAGGCUUCAUUCAGAGGGAGCUUUUCAACAAGCUGGGCGAACUCGCCGUGGGCAUGAAGACUGAGAAUAGAUCUACCAGCGAGAGGUGUAAUGUCUGUGGCGUAGAACUAUCAGACAGCGAAGCCAUUGAGCAACACAGGAAGAUGCACAGUGGAAUGAAGACCUAUGGGUGCGAACUUUGUGGUAAACGGUUUCUGGACAGCUUACGGCUAAGGAUGCAUCUCCUUUCACACUCAGCAGGUGCAAAGGCCUUUGUUUGUGACCAGUGUGGAGCACAGUUCUCUAAAGAAGAUGCCCUGGAAAGUCAUCGACAAACCCACACCGGUACUGACAUGGCGGUCUUUUGCUUGCUUUGCGGGAAGCGUUUCCAGACACAGAUUGCGCUGCAGCAGCACAUGGAGGUGCAUGCUGGUGUCCGCAGCUACAUUUGCAGUGAAUGUAACCGAACCUUCCCGAGCCACACAGCACUGAAACGCCACCUCCGGUCUCACACAGGUGACCACCCUUAUGAGUGCGAGUUUUGUGGGAGCUGCUUCCGUGACGAGUGUACUCUGAAGAGUCACAAACGCAUCCACACUGGGGAGAAGCCCUACGAGUGCAAUGGCUGUGGCAAGAAAUUCAGUCUUAAGCACCAGUUGGAGACCCACUACCGGGUUCACACAGGAGAAAAGCCCUUUGAGUGUAAGCUGUGUCAUCAGCGGUCGCGGGACUACUCAGCAAUGAUCAAACAUCUCCGCACCCAUAAUGGGGCCUCCCCCUACCAGUGCACGAUAUGCUUGGAUUACUGCCCGAGUCUCUCUGCUAUGCAGAAGCACAUGAAAAGCCACAAACCUGAGGAUAUCCCACCAGACUGGAGAAUAGAGAAGACUUAUCUCUAUCUGUGCUACGUCUAAUCAUCAAAAAGAGAAUAAGGAAAUAAACAGUGCUGUGAACGUGGAGAGGAGUUCUUUUUUUUUAAUUGUUUUGAACCAUUUUCUGUGUUGUGCACAGUAUGCUUGGAUUACCUCGUGUUGUAUGACCUCGUUCAGUUAAUGUUAUUUUUGUUCCCCCAUGCGCUUGUCUCCCUCUAGCCUACCACCUUGAGCCAUUUAAGUAUGUCAGGCAGUGGUAAAAGGGUUAAGUACUUAAAAGACUGCCAAGUGCCAGGGCAGAGAAAGCAAUUUAUUUUCAAAUUUAUACGAGUGUGUAGUCAUUACCAAAACUGGUAUUUUUUUUUUGUUAUGUUUUUUUUUAAAGAAAUAAUGACCCGGGUUGGUUGAUUUGGCCAGGGUCAAAAUUUAUUCCAAAAGCUACCUCUUUAUUUUAUUUUGUCAAGUUCCUAAAGCACAGUUGCAGUAUUUUUGUUUCUAAUUGUUGCCGGGAUCGUUCAUCUCAUGCUUGUUGCUAUUUGCUGUUUGUAUUGGCAAGAUUACAGCACCUAUCUGUAAAGGGGUUGUGGGAAUGUAGCUAAUUUUAGAGGUGGGGGUGGGAAGUGGGAUGGGUGGGGAAUGUGUUAAAAACUAAACAGAGGUAAGGACAGAGCUUGCUACACAUGGCUCUUUCCUUUCGGUUUGACAGCAAAAAGGGAAUGGGGCUGGCCUUAAAAUGAAAAUGCUUGUCCUAAAGAUUGGAAGGGCAACCAUUGGUGACUGGGUUUCUAAAUUGAGAUAACUGGGCAAAACAAAAAAAGUGUUAAAGCUUGGAUUACAAAAACAGUUAAUGUAUCUUUGUUAAAAUGUGAAGGAACAAGAAAAGAAGUAUCACUUGGGACAGAAUCUGGACAUUUGGCUAACGUGCGGUGUGUGUGUGUGAGAGAGAGAGAAAAACAGAGAUUGGAUGUUUAAUGAGGGAUUUUAGUAAAGAAUAUUAAUACACUGAAUAUAGAGGGUGAGGAUUUUUUGGUUCUUUGGGGCUGAGGCAGAUCUCUGUGAAAUUCAGACAGAAAUGAUUAGAUAUUUACAAAAUUGUGAUAUUUUUGUAAUAUUUGUUGGUCCUUUUUGUAGGUUUGCGAUGAGUUCCAUCCCUUUCCACCUCUGUGAUGUGAAUAAUUUUUUUUGUGAAUAUGUGUGGGAAUUGAUGCAGUGUCGUUGUAUCCCAAUGUUAUUCCAUGCAUUUAGCACUAAAUCAAAAACAGAGAAGUUAUUUCAUAGUAUAAACUCUAGUUAUGAAUAAAAUCAGGCAGCACGUUGGAUAGACUUGCUGAGGGAGGAGAGGUAGGGGGUGGAAGAGGGACGUUCUCUUGCCAAACAAUGUAGGAGGCAAUUGGAUAUAAUGUUGCAUCUGACUGAAGGAUCUUUUAACUUGACCGUGUUUCAUGAAGAAUGGUUUGUUAGUUGUGAUUGGUAAUGAGUAAAAUUCUUGCUAAAGCUGCACAGGGCCAAAAACCCUUCCAAAAUUUCUGGCUUUAUUCUCCUGCCUAAUCUAUCAUCUUCCCUACCUCCACCCUUAUUCUAAUCCCUCGUUCCCUCUCUUCCCCACUUUCCUGCCUUUUAUUCAUUCAUUAUCGUGUCAUUUUGCAACCCCAAUAACUAACUCUCUCUGUUGCAUCUCUCUCUCUGUCACAUCGCCCCCUCCCUCCCUCCCGCUGUUGCGUCAUCCCCUCUCCCUCUUGCUGUCGCAUCUCCCUCCCCCCUCCCAUCUUAGCAUUCCCUUCUCAGUCUCCCUUCCCCCCUCCUCUUCCUCCAUGCUCCCCUUCCUUUUUCCUACCUCCAUACCUCCGUAACACUGUCACCUGUUUCUCCUCUUCCAUAAAGUUUCUUCCCAAAUGCACUUCAGUUCUUAAAGAAAUAUUAUGGACUACUAGUCCCCUCGAUUUUGGAAGGAAAAAUGUAAGGAACAGGGAAUAAACACUUGGAUAAAGAUUGGGCUUUCUCACAGAAAAGCCCUGUACUCAAUUAUAGCACUUCUGCAAUGGAAGAUAUUUUGAUGUAAUACUGACUGUCCACACUGGAACCCCAGUCCUUGCUGUUACUUUCCUCAGAAUAGCUGAACACAGAACAAAUAUGUUGGAACUGCAAAUAGAUGGCAAUUCAGCCAGUUAAUAAUUUAAAAUACUUAACAAAAGUGUAACUUCAUUUGUUUAACACGUGAAACGUUUAAGGUUUAUUAACUGCAGCACUUGUUUUCCUUGAAAUAAUGAUGUUGCUCCAGACGUGACAGAUCUGACCUGCCACAAUUGCCAUGCGAAUUACUGACUCACUGCAAUGCGCACUUAGUUGAUGUUGUCAGAAAACACUAUGGGGAAAGCUCCCCUUUAACAGAAAAUUGAAAAUGCAUAUUCUCUCAAAUUUUCUGGAAUGUGCAGUUUCAAAAUUACAGUUUUGUUGCUGGUGAACUUAAUGUACAGAAACUAAGGUAGUCUAGUGUUUUCAUUUGGACGGUGGACAUGGAUGGCUUGGUUGAUGGCCUAUCUUUGGGUUUAACCAUCAAAGCUGGAAGAAAGCAAAACAAAAGAGAUGGCAGAUGCUGGCAUAUGGAGUGGAAGAGAGAAUGCUAGAAGAUGUCAGCAGAUCAAGCAGCAUCUGUAGAGUUAAAAGAUGUAAGCUGAUGGUUCAGGUCAAGACGCUGCAUCAACUCAGUGUUAACUUGCAUCGUUUGCCUCCAUAAAUGCAACUUCACCCUCUGAUUUCUCUUAGCAUUCUGUUUGGAAGAAGCCAAAACUGUUUGGCAAUUUGCAAAUUUUCUCCAGUACUAAGUCCACUUAGUCUCACCCAGGGUGGUGUAUUAUCAGAACAAAUACCACAUGAUAGUAUGUCCACAGGGUAGUGCCUGGAUUCUUGCAGGAUCAUAUUCUGUUGCAUGCAAGCUGAUCAUAAGAAAGUAA